CGUCGACAUUUGUUUAAAGUUUUGGAAGUUAUUUAAAACUUUAACUAGCUUUAAAAGUGAUGAAAUAAAGUGUUUAUAGCAUAGGUUUAGCAGUUGUCCUAGUAGGUUUCGAAAAAACAAUACGAAAAGUAGUUUAAGUGAAGUUUUUUGUGAUGUUUCGUUGUGAAUAACUGUUUAUUGUUUUGUGUAGGUGGCUACUCGUAUGUGGAUCGGUUUGCCCCAAUGUGAAAGUGUAAUUUCGCAUUAAAAUUAGAUCCCAUUGUUUAAAACUUUCCGGGUAACUGAAGUACUGAGAAAAUACCAAGUACCCAAUACACCUUGCGUAAGAUAUUUCAUACGACUGUACGUGAUGUGUUGAGUCGGUGACUUAUGGUCUACCUUUAGUUCAACUUCUGCGUGACAAUGAAUGUGCCAUCAAAAGAAAAUGUGGGACUUAUAUCUUCAGACGAAGGCGGCGGCAGUUCGGACUCGCGAUCUGACAGCAGCGAGGACGAAGUGACGGAGCACGUGGCCGCAACAGCACCAACAAUGGCAGCCGCCAGGGCACAGGUGCCCACAAUAAGUGUAACACCGCACAGCCCGGGCGUUCUCGACGAUAGUUUGCAGCAGUUACGAAGGUUGCAUGCAGCGGUACAGCGUAUGCGAGCCGCACCUCUACCAUUACUGGCAACCGGCACCAGUCGACUCAGCACAUCGUGUCCGUCGCUGUGCAAAGAUGGAGUGGUCGAGCAGGAAUGCUCUUCGCCAACACAUUUGGACUUUUACCCGCAAAGUCGCAAAGGCAGUGGUGAAUCUCGUCAGUGGGGCAUUUGGGACAGGCGAGAUGAAGGUAGAAGGAGUUCCUGGGCUGCCCUGGAGCCAACCGCCCGCUUGCACGAUGCUCAGCGACAACGCAGCGCGCUCAAUGGUCAUAGCGCAUCGCUCUCGUCGAUGGAAUCGGAAGGCGAGGCUCCGCGGCCGGUUCGACAUUCCACGCAUUCGCUAAACGACAACGACUUCGCUGAUUUCGAGAAGGUAACAGCGGCACUACGCGCGGCAGCCGGCGAGCCCCCCACCAGCAGCAGCAACACAGCGAGGCUGCUGCCGCGAUUGCCGCUACAGAAGUCAGUUUCAACCCCCAGCAUAGUGGCGGCAGUGCACCCGGCUCAACCUCCACCCACCGCUAACGCCUUAUCCACGGGAGGUGCGAGCGAGACGGAAAGUGACGAAGACGCCUCAGCCGCGAGUGCGGGCGCGGCCACUCAGGGUAUUAGCAGACGGAACAAUACCCACCAGGAACACCUCGGGUUGCAUCGCUUGGCGUUCUUGGAACAAGCGGCGUACGAACACCACGCUGAGAAACGACGGAAAAGAGGCAGUUUAUUCUUUAGGAAGAAAAAGGACAAGUCACGCAAAGCCGCCCACGCGUGGCAAGCUGCGGUUACGGGCGCGCACUGUGAUUGGUGCGCCCGAGAACUGGCAGACAAACCUGCUUUGUAUUGUGAGAAUUGUACCAUGACGGUGCAUCAGAACAUUUGCAAAGACUACAUCGUGGAAUGCAACAAGCCUAAAUCUUCUAAGACCUCCGUAGGAAAAUCUCUGAGCGCCAGCGGUAAAAGCAGCAAACGGAGUUCCGUAUCCGGUCAGUCACAAAACUCAAAUAGCACGAGCCACAUUUAUAACGACGAAAAGGACGGGUCAGACCACAAACACGACCAAAGCAAUGCAUCAGACGACGCAGGCGCGUCAGAAUGGCCAGAAGUGUACUUGACUUCGGAUCAACUUGGCGAUGAAGCGGUAUUAUUAGGUCUAGGUGCAUUGGAACCGGACACUUGGGCAGCUGGGGCGCCUAAGGGCCUUGCUAAGUCAAUCGGCGAUAGAGAAACAAAGAGGCAGGAACAUAUAUACGAACUAAUAUUAACAGAAAAACAUCAUUGCCUCACGAUACGGCUAAUGCAAAAGAUGUUCGUAGACGGCAUGGCGCGGUUAGCGGUCGUCUCAGAUUCGCAGGUCGCGCGAAUGUUUCCGCGACUGGAUGAGCUGUGGGCUUUACACGCGGCGCUGCUCGCGCGACUACGGGCUAGGCAGAGGACGGCUCCUCGCGUGCACACUAUUGCUGAUAUACUAGCCGAUACCUUCGCACCUCCGGCGCAUUAUAGACUCAAGGCCGCGUAUGGCGAAUUCUGCGCGCGGCAUCGAGAUGCGGUUGAGGUGUUCAAAGAGUGCUGUGCGAGGGAACCGCGGCUGGCACGAUUUAUACGAAAGUGCCAACAGAACCCGCUUCUCAGGAAAAAGGGCGUACCCGAAUGCGUAUUGUUCGUGGCACAAAGGCUAACCAAAUAUCCACUGCUGUUGGAACCACUACUCAAGACCGCGGGCGAAGACGUUGGCGAGAGAGAAUUGUUGCAAAAAGCACUUUGCGGUGUUAAGGAAAUACUAGUCGACGUAGACAAUCAAGUGGCAGCUAAGGAGAGAGAAGACAGGAAGCUAGAAAUCUACCAUCGCAUUGACGCCAAAUCUUUCGCCAACUUUCGGGGGCGCAAGUUCAAGAAGAGUGACAUAUUGCAAGGCAAUAGGAGUCUCACGUUCGAAGGCGUGGCAACGUUGAUGCAAGGACGGAGUAAAAUGCAGACGCUUUUAGUGAUAGUGUUGACGGACGUGCUGUUCUUCCUGCACGACAACAACAACAAAUACACCUUCUUCACGCCCGAUAAUAAGACUGGUGUAGUAUCGCUAUGGAAACUCUUGGUGCGAGAGAAGGCGGGCGCGGAAGGCCGAGGUCUGUACCUGAUAUGUAACGGACCCCCCGAGCCGGAGAUGUUCGAACUACGGGUACAUCGGCCUAAAGACAUCGGCGUUUGGAUUCAUGCCAUCAGGUACGUCAGAGGUGCGGUACAAAGUUGUCCAGAGGAGGUGGAGGAAUCUGAGGCAGGGGUUGCGACGACGACUGCCGAAGAGAGGCAGCGGCAGUUGGAGGCAAGGCAUGAGAAUAUAAGACUGAUUACCGAGGCUUUAAGAGCUAAGGACCGCGAGCAUGCACAGCUGCUUGAAGAGAAAAUGGCGUUGCAUAUGAAGAUGGUUGGACACACUGGCUCGUCAACGUUAGAUGUGCCCAACACUGGAGUGUCAUCAAUGUUCCCGGGCGGUCUGGUGUUCCCGGACUACGUGCGUCUUGCGGCGCCGUCCCCGGACACGCACACUCUGUGGCAGGAAGUCUGCAAAGUUGUCAAGGAUGCUCUUGAAGCUUCAAGCAGCGGAUGGGCGCAGCUCGCGAGCGGCGCCGCUCUCGGGCGAAGCACCAGCUCUGCGGGUGAGCGGCAUUCCGCGACCUACCAGAGCCCUGCAUUACCCCGCCGUGCCGACACCUUCGCUGGCUUCGACGCGCAACAGCAUCGAGGUGUAGCAGUCCGGCUGUCUGCGUCCGACCCGCCGACGGAGGCACGCGAGGUAGAACCGAGCGACCCGACACGGGGACGAGACGAGGCCGACGCGGCGCUCAAACUGCAGCACGCGAUAUACACGCUCGCCUGCAUCGUGUGGCAACAGCUCACUACGAUACACAGUCUCGAGGCCCAAGUGUGCGCGUGGCGGUCGGUGGGCGCGGGCGGCGCCGGGAGGGCUCACGACGCACAGCUGGAAGAGUUACGUCACGCGCAAGCGAGGCUCACCGCCGAGAGAGCCAACUGGGAGGCGCAGAGGGCCGCCGAUAGAGAUGCCCUUGAACACGAACGUAUGCAACUCCAAGCGGCUCGUCAGGAGUUAGAAGAACAACAAAAAGAUGUGGAGCAGCAACGAGAAAGGUUAUACCGGCGGCUAGAGAGACUUCAACAGCACGGUGGUUCACAAGAAGAAAUAGCCAGUGUGGGUACAUUAUCACCAGAUUCCAGCGUUAGCGAUACAAACCGAAGAAAAGAGCCGAAAUGGAGAAAUAACCGGGGCUCAACGGGCUCAGAAUCUUCUACCAGUGCGUGCAGCGUCCGAGGGGCGGCUCUACCCCCACCACAGCUGCUGUCUGCGCAGAAUGAGACACGGGCCACCGUUCGAGCACCCGCCAUUCAGCAAAUGGUGAAACAACAGUUACCGUUGAAGCUGGCGAGCGGCAAGGGCCAGCAGCCACCACCGGGAUACCACCGCUUACACGAGUCGCCCUGCGAGACGCAAGGCCUAGUGAUACACCACACCCGCACUGGCAGCUCCCCCGCUCCGCUACCCUCGCAGCAGCAAGUAACCAAUAAAGCUACAAGAACAAACACAUACCCCAAGCUUCCGGACAAGUUCCGGGUGCGGUCGCCGGACACGCCCCUCGUGACGCCCGCCCCGUCGGCCGCACCACCCGCGCAUGCGCCGGAGGAGGAGGUCAUAUACUUCUGACACGCAAGGUCGCGCAGUGCCAGCACGAGGUCCUGAGAGUGUCUGAUAUCUUAAACCCCGCCUACCCCUCCCGCCUUCGAUCAAUAAUAUACUAGAUAUACAGCUAUAUAUAUUCCGUCAAAAACUUUCACUCAAAAAUAACAUCCGAAGGUAAAAUCCGUUCGCUAA